AUGGCGUCAAAGUUUGAUUUUAGAUCACAGUUCCGGGACGAGAACUUUGAGAAACCAAAGAAGUCGGUUCUGAAGUCCAUAUUUCCUUCCAAAGCACGUCGAAAAUCGCAGGCUGCUUAUGCCCCCACCAUUUACGAUCCAGAGAGCCAACCGCCAUUACAGCAUUGGAUUUUGCCAACAAAUCAUCCUCACUCCCAAACAAGUCGCCCUCUUGGUGAACUGUCAGAACGCGCACUAAAUCAAGGAGUGUCAAACUGCUCGCCCUCAAAGCCUAAGCAACCAGACGCAUCCCAGAAGAUGGGGCUUCAUAAGAAAACAAAAAGCACGGUGUCUCUCAAGUCACUGCUGAAGGAUAAAGACAAAAAGGAGCCUGAGCAGAAGCCUUUGGAAGAGGAUAAUGAUUCGAAACAUGGAAAACCCAAAAAGACGAAGUCAACCACUAGCCUCUCGGCUAUUUUCAAGAGAUCCCAUCGCGGAAAGAAAGGCACUGCCUGCGAUAAAGAGGACAAGGAAAACAUUACUGUGUCUAGAGGCUCUAACGAUAUGCCCCCUCCCCCUGUUCCGCGUUCCAGGGCCCAGUCUAUUCAGAGUCAGAUUUCCAGCCGCUAUAUACCCUCCUCUGGCAGAACCCUAGAGGAGGAAAUGUCUCUCUACACACCCAAUCGCUACUCUCAGUCAAGCCAAAGAAACUUUUUUGAUUUUCAACAACCAUCCCUCACAAAACGCCCCGACACCAAAUGGAGACCAAAAUCGGAAUACGGCUCCUCAAGCACAUCUUCUGUAAAGGAUAUCCUGCAAUCAAUGCACAAGCGAAGCCCAUCCGCUGGAAGUGCUAAAUCAAAUGCAUCUCGAACGCAUCCCUUAGCUGAACGACCGCCAUUGGAAAAACGCAAAUCUUCGGGUGGAAAUCGAGGCUCUCGCGUCAUGGCCGCAAUUGCGGCUUUCAAUGCCAAAGACAAGAAUUUCGACAAGCCUAAGCCAGUAGAUCCGAAAGAAAUCGAUAAUGAAUUUGAACGGCUUUUGGACGCUCGGAAUAUACCUCACAAUAUGCGUGACCGGAUGAGAUCGUUGAACACGAAUAUUAAAGCGGACUUUAUCAACAAGAAUCAAAUCGAAGGCGAAUCCGCCACUUCGGCCUCCAGCCAAAAACCAUCCGGAUUUACAUCCCAUAAGAGAACAAAGAGCAAAGAUAGCUCCUUUGGGCGCUCGGAGAAUAGGGGAGCUAAAGUACGACCAUUAAGUGGCAGUUUUGUGUCUACUAAAGUCGAUUUACCCUCUUUUAGACGACAGAAGCCUGACCAGCUGAGUUCUCAGAAACGUCCAAAAUCUGUGGAUCUAUCGCUCCCAGGAUCGUCCCGCGGCUUACCACCAGUGGCACUCAACGCAGGAUUGCCAUCUCCAGACCUUAUCGCCGAUCCAACUGACUUUGUCCAUUAUUUGAAAGAGGUGCAAAAGCCAGAGAUUGUCGAAGUUAGCAAACUGCAUAAACUCCGCAUACUUUUGAGAAACGAAACUGUUUCAUGGGUCGAGUCGUUUAUUUCUCACGGCGGGAUGGAGCAGCUAGUUGACCUACUAUAUCGGAUAUUGAAGGUCGAAUGGAGAGAGGAACAUGAAGACUCGUUGCUCCACGAGGUCCUCCUUUGUAUCAAAGCCUUGUGCACCACGUCUCCAGCCCUCCAACAGCUUUGCAAAAUAGGCAACACACUGUUCCCAACUCUGCUUGGGAUGCUAUUCGGCGAAGAGAAAAAAGGCCCGAGCGAAUUUGCCACUCGCAAUAUAAUAAUCAGCCUUUUAUUCUCUCACCUAUCGUCUGCCACAUUCGAUGAAGUGGCUGCUCGUGCCCGGACUAUCUUAUCAUAUAUGCAGGACCCGAAGCCGCCUCAAGAAUCACAACCGCUAUCUUUCAUUUCUGAAAUGCACCAACCACGUCCAUAUCAGCUGUGGUGUAAAGAAAUGAGUAACGUGACAAAGGAGGUCUUUUGGAUAUUCCUCCACCACUUCAAUGUGGUACCCGUCGCGAAAGCGGAAAAUCCUUCCCUGCCCUUUAUUCAGCGAUAUUUCCCUCCCCCUCAUACUCCUGUGCCGGCUGCUCCUUAUAUUGGUGGAGUUGAAUGGGACGCUACUAACUAUCUUGCCACACACUUGGAUCUUAUCAACGGUCUUCUAGCAUCACUGCCAACAAUUCAGGAGCGAAAUGAGCUUCGAAACCACCUCCGUGCAUCUGGCCUCGAGAAGGUGAUGGGUCGAAGUCUUCGUACUUGCAAAGAAAAGUUAUAUCCGGCUGUGCAUGAAGGUCUCAAAGUCUGGGUGUCUGCCGCUGCUGAUGAUGAAUGGGAAUAUCAAUUUGUCCGCGAAGGGCCUCCGCGAGAUGCACCGCCAACAACUCCACGAAGUCCGACUAAAGGGGGUUGGCCUCCCCGCAAGUAG